AUGAAACUUGUUUUAUUUUUUUGUUUGAUUUCUGUGGUAUUUUCUUAUAAAGUUCUAUUUUACUCUACUCCAAUCGGAUAUAGUCAUACGCAGUUUACAAAGGCCAUGGUCGAUGUUGUUAUUUCGGCUGGUCAUGACGUGACAGUUCUGAUGCCGCUACCUGAUGAGAAAACAAAAAAACUGGUCAGUGCAAAAGCUAAAACUAUAACUGUGGAAUUGCCUCCAAGCAUCAAACAGCGUUUUGCAACUCGCACCCGAGGCUUCUGGGAGGCAAACGCAUUUUUUGGUAACUUGAAAUCACUGCAUAAUGUGAGUAGCAUUCAAUUAGCAUUCUGUGAAUAUUUAUUAGAAAAUCAAAAUCUAUUUAUGGAUAAAUUGAACGAUGACUAUGAUGUAGCUGUGAUGGAUGUGUCUGCUUUUUGUUCUUUUGGUCUAUUCCAAAAAUUGAAAGUAAAAAACUUUGUCAUCACAUCGGCAAUUGGCUUCUUGUCCACUUAUAGCAAUGACUUCCAAGCACCUUUGGUUUACAGCCAUAUGCCAGCUUCUUUACUUUAUUUUACCGAUCGGAUGAGUUUUACUGAAAGACUCAUCAACAUACUAUGGCACACCGGAUCCAGUUUAACUUUCAAGUUUGCCUUCCUCUCAGGAUAUAUAAAACUUUUUGCUAAACAUGGUAUAAACUUCGAUUUAAAUCGUGACAUAAAUGCUAGAACUAAUUAUUACCUAAUGAACUCCCUCGAAACUCUUGAUUAUGCUCGAGCUGCAUCUUCCAAGAUCAAGUACAUUGGUGGAAUCGCAGCUUCAACCUCUGAGACUAUGCCAGAAGAGUUCGAAAAAAUACUCUCAAAAGCAAAGAAGGGAGUUAUAGUAAUCAGCUUUGGGUCGGUAGCUUCAACAUCGGAGAUGCUACCAGAUAUGAGAGAAGCUGUCUUCAAAGCCAUAAGAGCAUAUCCUGAAUACACUUUUGUCUGGCGAGUUGAUCAAAGCGAUAUGAAGUUAUCGGAAAAGUUUUCAAAUCUGAAAACUGUAGCUUGGCUUCCACAAAAGCAACUUCUCAAUGAUCUUCGCGUGAAGCUCUUCAUCAGCCAUGCUGGAAUGAACAGUUUGAUUGAGACAGCAUUAUCAGGAAAAGCUUGUAUUUGGGUUCCAAUAUUUGCCGAUCAGUUCCAGAAUGCUGGAAUGAUGGCUCGUUUCAACUCUUCCAAGAUCUUAUGGAAAACCGAUUUGAAAGGAGACAACGUCAUUAAUACAAUCAAGGAAAUGCUUGGAACUGAUAGCUAUGCCAGGAAUGGAAACAGGCUAUCGGGACUGAUAAAGUCCCAGAAAAUGACAGCAAAGGAUACUCUUUUGGAAGCAAUUGAAAGGACCGCUCAUUUUGGAAAAAUUGAAAGCAUAGAUUUGGCCGGCUACGAUUUGAAUUUCUUCCAAUACUAUUCACUUGAUAUAUUAAUAUUCAUUUUAUCAUUAGCUUGGGCGCUUUUCAAAAUUACAAAAAUGAUCUCAAAAAUGAUCUUUUCGAUGAUAUUCGAGAAGAAGACAAAAGUUAAAAAACAAUAG